UGGUUUCCAUGGAGAAAACAGUUAUGCCAAUCUAUUAUUCAUUACAUUGCUCCUAUUUAGUAUCUGUCUACUACCCAUCUGCUUUUUUGUAAUUUAUCAUUUAUAUAAAGAAAUUUCAGGGACUGAAAAGAAAUUAAUGGAAAAGAAUAAGGAUUCUGAAUCCCCGAGAGGGAUAGCGGAGGAAAAUUGUGAAUUUCAGAGAGCCAGUUCCUUAAAGCUAAAUAGUUGUAGCACACAAAAUUGGCGAAGUACGACUAAAGAUUCCUUUCUUCCUCCCAAAAAUUUACAAGUACAGGGAAUUGGUAAACGAAGAAUGUUGCUGAAAAAGUAUUUUCAACUACAAGCUGCAAAAGAGAUUGUAAAAGAAGAAUUUGAAGAUACACCCAUUGUCGAUUCUUGCUAUACCGAAUAUAUUGACAAUUUUUGUGACCCUGAUUUCAAGCCUCUUGUAGAACAUUCGGAUUAUGAUAUCAAUAAACAAUUGAAACAUCCUUUAUACGGUGGAAUCAUCUCUUCAUUUUAUAAGCAACAAGUGGAAGAUGGCCAACUAAAAGUACAUUCUUCAUUAACGAAUUUCAAUCAACCAUUCAGGAAAUCCUGUUCAUUUACAACGCCACCCGAAUUCGCUCUUCGAGAAAUAGACCAUUAAUUAAACAUACAAUUACACUUAAUCGUACACACAAAUACAAGGAACUAAAAUUAUAAGUUCUAAUAUGAGUUU